UCUCUAAACUAAGCUAAAACUUGUCUUCUUUCUUUCUUUCUUCUUUUCUCUCAAAUGUAUGUGAAAAUGAAAGGGCCAAGUUUCAGAGGGCUCACAUUUAUGUUAGCGGUGGUAUUUCUUGUUUGGUCUUCUAGCUCGGAGGGCUGCCAUGGAAGAGCCACAGGAAAACAUUGGAGGCAAAACAGAGAGGCCUUGCCUGCUCUCUCCUCCAAGAAAGGGAAGAGUCACAAUCACGGUGGCGCUCACAAAGGCAACCACCAUGGUGGUGCAUCAAAGACAAAGCCACCAUCUCGUAAAAUGCCGAAACCAGAUGUCUCUCACAGCCCGCUGCCCCAGAAAGGCAGUCGUUCUUCCAUGUUUAACGUGCUCGAUUUUGGAGCUAGGGGCGAUGGAAAAACUGAUGACACCAAGGCAUUUCAGGAUACAUGGACAGCCACUUGCAAGGUGACAGCAUCAACCUUCAUUGUCCCAUCAAAGUACGUCUUUUUAGUAGGCCCCAUCUCCUUCUCUGGUCCGUACUGCCAACCCAAUAUUGUAUUCCAGUUGGAUGGGAAAAUCAUUGCACCGACGGACUUCAAAGUUUGGGGAAGAGGCCUAUUCCAAUGGCUACAGUUCACAAAGUUGAUGGGACUCACCAUUCAAGGAAAUGGAAUUAUUGAUGGAAGGGGUUCAGUAUGGUGGCAAGUUUCAUCCUUUGAUGAUACCAUUGACCAUGAAUUCAAACUACUCAUCCCACUCAACAGCUCUGUACAAGAAAAGCCACCAGCCCCGGCAAGAAGUGAGCUUGUUGGAAAGAUGCCGAGGAUCAAGCCAACUGUAAGCGACAUAGAGCUCGUUUCAUUGUUUGUGAAAUAUCCCUUGACACGGCUCUGUUCUUUUGUUGUACAGGCUCUGAGGUUUUAUGGAAGUUUUAACGUUACCGUCACUGGCAUAACAAUUCAAAACAGUCCUCAAUGCCACCUCAAAUUCGACAAUUGCAUUGGUGUCUUGGUUCAUGAUUUUAGUGUCUCGUCUCCAAGUGACAGUCCCAAUACUGAUGGAAUUCAUCUACAGAAUUCCAAGGAUGUGCUAAUCCACAACACCACUCUCUCUUGUGGUGACGACUGUAUUUCAAUACAAACUGGUUGCUCAAAUGUGUACGUACACAAUAUCAAUUGUGGGCCAGGACAUGGAAUCAGCAUUGGAAGUCUGGGGAAGGACAACACAAAGGCUUGUGUUUCUAACAUUACCGUUCGGGAUGUAAUUAUGCAUAACACAAUGAAUGGUGUCAGAAUUAAAACAUGGCAGGGUGGAUUAGGUGUUGUACAAGGAGUCCUCUUCUCAAAUAUUCAAGUUUCUGAGGUUAAGAUACCAAUAGUUAUAGACCAAUUCUACUGUGAUAAAGAGAAAUGCUCAAACCAAACUUCGGCUGUGGCUUUAUCAGGAAUAAACUACGAAAGAAUAAGAGGUACUUACACAGUAAAGCCAGUACACUUUGCCUGUAGUGAUAAUCUGCCAUGUACAGAUAUAUCACUAACUGCAAUAGACCUCAAGCCACUGCAAGAACUCUAUCAUUUAUAUGGAGCCUUCUGCUGGCAAACUUUUGGAGAGUUGAGAACUCCUACUGUCCCCCCAAUUGAUUGUUUACAAAUUGGGAAGCCAUCAACCAACAAAAUUCAGAAUGAUUUUGAUUCAUGCGGAGUGUAAAGUCUAUAUUUAUUGGUGUACUCACAUGUGUGGUUGGCAUGAUUUUCCAACCCCUUUACACACCAAGACCUUAUGCUUCUACAUUUUAGUACUUGUGGCAAAUAAACUUGUUCUGUAAAAGUUUUAGUUCAGCCCAUUGAGAUA